AUGGGCUGGCUCCCGUGGUCCUCCUCCUCCUCGGCCGCCGACAAAAAGGCCUCCGACGGCGGCCGCAUCGCGCCAGACCGAAGCAGCCGCGCCAAGUGCUACGAAGGCCGGGAUCUCUUCUUCAGCUGCCUGGACCGGAACGAUAUCCUCGACGGCAUCAAGGAUGAUAAAGAGGCGCGGAGAAAAUGCGCGAAGGAGGUGGAGCAGUUCGAGGCGGCUUGUUCGCAGGCUUGGGUGAAAUAUUUCAAGGAGAAGCGCGUGAUGGAGUAUAAUCGGGACAAGACGAUUGAGCGCAUUCAGAAGGAGGAUGCGGAUAAGGUGCAAGAACUGAAGUCGAAGGGUUGGGGAGCGUCGAAAUAG